GCUCACAUGCUUUGAACCAUCCUCUCCUCACACCUUCUUGCUGCAGUCUUGGUCGUGCACUAGCCACGCCAAGAACACUUCUUCUACCAUCGAUCACCAAGAACACUUAUUCCAGAUAUCAUCUCCAAUCAUGAUGAGCAUGGGAUACUUCCGGCCGCCGAGGCGGCUGUACGGGAGGAAGCUCUACUCGGAGAGGGAGCUCAACGGCGAGAGCCUGCACGCCGCCCUGCUCAUGGACGCCGCGGUGGGCGAGGUGCCCAAGGGUUACUUCGCCGUGUACGUCGGCGCGGAGGCGAGGCGGUUCGUUGUGCCGACGAGCUACCUCCGCCGGCCGGCGUUCCGGGAGCUGAUGGAGCGGGCGGCGGAGGAGUUCGGCUUCAGCCAGGCCGGCGGGAUCCGAAUCCCCUGCCGGGAGGAAGAUUUCCGGGCCACGGUCGCCGCGCUCGAGGUCCGGCGCCGGUGGCGGCCGCCGAGUACGACGAGCGGCGGCAAGAUGAACGCGAUGGUCAAGGCUCGGUAGAUCGUUGGGUCUUGUAGCUUGCUCGUCUCUCUGCACAUGCGGAUUUCACAUGUAGAACAUUUCUUUGGUUCUUUGAUAUUGUUGAGCAGAGCAGUACUGCAGUAGGUAGCUGUUACGAGAUGAUUAAUGUGCUCUUUUGUAUGGAAUCUGAAAUUAGCAUGAUAUGAGAGAAGAAAACAGAAUUUUGGAAUCCU